GCCACGUCUCACCUCCUCAUCAGGCAUUCUGUGGAGCAGACGGAUGAGGAGGCAGCUGGGAGCAGCAUGCAGCUCAUCCUUCCUCCACUUUGUGUUCGGCUCAGGAAAGCCGUCUCCUCCGUCGCAGGAGGCCAGAGGAGCGAUGCCAUUUUCUCUCCACUUUGCAGGGGAUCAUGAGCGCCGAGGGGGGAGAUGCGGGUCCAGCGUGCCGGGAGGAGGAGGGGGCGGCUUCGGCCGGCGCCCACAGCUGGGAGGAGAGCGAGCCGCUCCGGUACCAAGGACGUCCGCGCCCAGAGGAAGAGGAGCAGCAGCAGGAGGAGGAGGAGGAUGCAGGAGGGGAUGCGUCUGGAGCUGAGGCGGAGGAGGAGAACGGCGGGAACACUUCCAGCGAGGAGGGGGCGGUCGGGGGGCCAACCUGCAAGGUGAUGCAUUCAAACUGCAGCAGCGAGACGUGCAUCCCCACCCCCAGCUGCAGGAUCUGCUUCCAGGGUGCAGAGCAGGGGCCUGAUCGUCCACGAGGGGGCAGCAGUGUACAACGUCUUCAUGCGCUGGCGGGCUGUCAAUCUGCACUGGGAUGUUCAGAGUUACGAUAAGACCAAGGACAUGGAGGAGUCGAGCACCGGCCGCUCCUCUCUGGGCCCCAGGACGCUCUGGUUGCCUCUGGCCACCUUCGGGCCCAGCGGGCCCCUGCACCCCACCCAGCUGGGGCCCCGGCCCUGGACCUGCCUCUGUCUGGCACCUUUCUGCCCCGGGCUGGUGCCCCGAAACCCCCUCAGCCAGGACGCAGACUCAGGAGAGGUUGUGAUCCGUGUGACGUCAGUGUGAGCACCAACCAGGAACAAAACAAAGACUUGGUGUCGACCUGAGUUUUAUGCAUUUACAGGUUUUCUGCUUUUCUGGUUGCCAAAAGUUUUCCAAAUGAGUUUGUUGACAGUGAGGCCGGUCCUCGAUCUUAAAUCUGUCUUUUUAGUUUCUGUUUUCAGACCAUCCUGCAGCACUAAAGAUGGAGGCAAAUCUGCUUGUUUUCCACUGUUGGAGUUUACGGUGAUACUUACUGCUCACAUUGUUACUUUUCAUGUUUUUGCAUUAUGUUUAUAUWUUUAAAAUGUUUUAAAAAGUCAAAUAGAUGCUACCACAGCUCCUAAAUGCUGCGUUGUUAGAGUUAAAACUGAAGUGGCUUUAACUCCUUGUUGUCAGCAGGAGAGCUGCUUCUAAAGUUAAACCAUGAGGAUUUAAUUCUCACAUUAAAGACAAAAACAAGAAGAAAGGAAGGUUUUAGGAUGUUUACUAUCUUUAGUGCCAAGAAAUUUUAUUUAAGAUAAAAGGAAGAAGUUGUCAGGGUCUACUCAGACUUUCAGCACUGUGAACUGAGYCCAGAACUCAAAUAUGGACUAGUUUUAAUAGUUUAGUUUGCAUGCAGUAGCCUUACUCACAGUUUAAAGGAUAAAUGUUAUUAAAAGUAGUUUUUAAUCGAUUAAACCCCUAAAGCAUUUUGCUUUAACGCCCUGAACUUUUGGCUUGUUUAGUUUUAGCAAAGUAGCCACGCCUCGCAAAAGUUUGUAGUCCCGCCUACAAUCAGUUUGAAUUAUUUUGAAGCAUUUUUAUUAAUAAUUUAAUCCUAUUGGAGCACAUGAUUAAUUUCAAUAAGCAGCAAACUUUGUUUUAAACACUAAACUGAACCUGCAAAGAUUUCCUGCACUUAUUCAAGAAAUUGCUACAAAACUUGUUAAAAGUUAAUGUUAAAGUGUUCUUCUGCACAUUCAGGUGCAGGCCUUGUAAAGCUGCAGAUUUAAAAUGCACAAGAAGCGUGAAGGUUGCAGGGUUGAUUCAGAAACAAGCACAUCGUUAUAGGCUCGUGUUCAAAACGCUGUUUUUCUUUGUGGGAGUUUAUUUGUUAAAGGAUUUGAUGGAUUUAUAUUUAUCCAAAGUACAAAAAAAAGAGGGGAAAAUGCUAAACUAACACAAACGCCUCUUCCACUGAAGACAUUUAAAUAAUGCUGAUUGUCACUGAGCUCAGUAACAUGCAGCUCAUGGAGGAGUUAGUUCUGAAGAACAAACAACUAAGAUCUUUAUAAAAGUGAUUCAGCUUCAUUCAAAUCUUCAAUCUGAAAAGGUUCUCCAGAGAUGGACACAGAUGAGCACAAACUGGAUUUAUAAUCUGAUAAUCUCAGUUUGUGGUUGUGAUGCUGGCAGAGACUGUUUUUGUUGUUUUUGUGCAGCUGUGUUUGGGUUGUGUGGUGCUGCACGACUGCCUUUUGUCUUUUUGUGUUURGGUGCCUUCGGAGGAUCAGUGUGUCGUUGUGCAGCACAGAGAUGAUUCAGUGUGACGCUGCUGUUGGCUGUCUCUGMUUCUUUUCCAUGGUUGUAACAUAUAAAACAGAUUUGUAUCAGA